GUUCACUGAUCAGACUACAGAACAGACUUCUCACCAAAUAUUAAAGCAACUAGGGGGAUGCAGCAAAUGGAGGUAUCAGAUUAUAUUAAUGAGCAACCAAGAUUUGGGCAGAAACGCAGUGAGGAUCCAAUUCGAACAGAGAGAAGACUCUGUCAGCUGCUUUUCAUCAGCUUUGGCUUACUGUGUAUCAUACAAGCCACGCUCAAUGUUUCUCUGCGCCUUACUUUGCACUCGAGCAAGGAAUCAACCCGCUCGAACUGCAGCGCAGCUCAUUUUAAUGACCAAAACCAGUUGACAGAGGAGGUGCGGGAUUGUGAGCAAAGGUGGACUAAUCGGCACAACAGAUUACUUGAAAAAUUUAAUGCCUUGACCGGAGAAAGAAACCUGCUUCAAAACGAAAACAAUGAACUCAAGAACAUGUUAAGGAAGGUGGAGGAGGAGAGGGACAGGCUGAAAAAGAACCUGAGAGAGCCGAGUAGUUGUGUGUCCCAACCGCCGUGUCCCGUCGGCUGGAGGGAGAUCAACUUCAAAUGUUACUUCCUCUCAAAUGAGAGUAAAACAUGGGAGGACAGCAGGAAAUACUGUCAGAGUAAAGAUGCCGAUCUGGUGGUGAUUGACAGCCAACAGGAACAGAUGGACUUGUACCGCUUGGAUGGGGAUGCCUAUCUCUUGUUCUGGAUUGGUCUGUAUGACACAGCUGGAAACUUCAAAUGGGUGGAUGGAUCUGUGCUAACCAGAUCAUUUUGGCAGAGGGGCCAGCCGGAUCAUGGCGGGCCCAACAUCAGAGAAGACUGUGUGGAGAUGUAUCAUUUCAACCCACAGCUGGCCAACUGGAAUGACGCCCCCUGUGGAAGCAAGCGGCGCUGGCUGUGUGAGAAAUCGGUGGACCAGUUAAUCUUAAUAACUAAAAAAAAAGAUGUUGUGUGAAUGCACAUGUCAAUUACUUAAUGUGCCUUUAUAUGCAGCACAAUACAAAAUAACAUCAAUGAAAACUGAAAUAUGGAGAAAUCUCAUUCAGAAUAAAAAACAACAAUGAAUUUGAUGUAAUAUGAACAAACUCUCAACUACUGUGUGCAACUUGGUGAUACUUUUGGAUACUGCAGUGUACAGAAGGCUUUGUGGCAUACUUUGUCUUACUUGGAGGUAUUUUGUGAUACACUUUGUGUUACAUUAUAUGGAAUGUAUUUUUUGUUUGUUUGUUUUAAGUGGAAACCUCCAUUUAUCAGCAGCAUAAUAUAUAAAUUAAUAGAAGUAGAAUUUUCAGGUAAGAAUAAAGAGUACAGACUAUUGA